GUUAUAUGGAAAUGACUAAUAAUUGUAUUUUAAAUAACAGAAGUUACCAAUAAAAAUGUGUCAUUUAUCGUUAGAUUAAGUAAAGAUGGCUAUACUGUUUUGUUUGUUGUUUUUAGUUCACAUUGCUCUUACUGCAGGAGAUUGCCCAAGACAAUGCCGUAUCUCUACACGCAGUAGAUCUACUUGUUGUACGUGUGGAUCUGAAUGGCUGACAACUGAAUGUAAACAUAAAUGUCUGGAUGAGGAAAAACUGUAUUGCUAUUACUGCAUUCGUCUUCAUUUUCCAAACAACUGGUAUGAUAACUGUUCUGGAUGCCAUGAAUAUGUAAAUCAGACAACUGGUGAAUGUAAAUCUUGUCCUGAUGGAUGUGUUUCUUGUUUCGACAAUACGUUUUGUUACGAAUGUAUAAACGGCUAUUAUGGCAUUAACUGUAAUAAAAAAUGUGGUAAUUGUGUACCUGGCAUUCUAGGCGAGGUGAAUUGUAAUAGGGUGAUCGGCUCAUGUACUAAUGGGUGUUUAGAUGGCUAUUACAGUCCCCGUUGUGAUCGUGUAUGUGAAAAUUGUAAACCGGAUAAUCAAGGCGUGGUGAAAUGUGACUCUGACUCCGGGAUAUGUACUAAUGGAUGUGUAGACGGCUAUUACAGUCCCCGGUGUGAUCGUGUAUGCGGACAUUGUAAACCAGAUAUUCAAGGCAUUGUGAAAUGUGACUCUGACUCCGGGACAUGUAUUAAUGGAUGUAUAGAUGGCUAUUACACUUACAGCCUCCCUUGUGAUAGUGUAUGCGGACAUUGUUUACCGGUCGAUUUCAAUGUAGUAAAAUGUCAUCAGUACACUGGAGACUGCGAGAAAGGUUGCGCUGAUAGCUACUUCGGUCGACGCUGUAAUCAGAAAUGUGGAAAGUGCCUACCUGACAAUAAGGGGGCAGUUACGUGUGACAUUUUAACAGGAAAUUGUCCGAACGUUUGCAUUAAAGGUUACUUUGGUAAAACCUGUGACAAAACAUGUAGCACCAACUGUUUUGAUUCAAACAUAAAUACAGAUGUGUGCGACAUAUUAUCGGGAAAAUGCAUUUAUGGCUGUGUGUCAGGUUGGUAUGGCGACACGUGCAAUGAAACAUGCAGCGACACGUGUUCUAAAACAACCUGCAGUCAAAAAUCGGGCUUCUGUGACAACGGAUGUGUUCAAGGUUGGUAUGGUGAUACUUGCAAUAAAACUUGCAGCGACAUCUGUUCUCUAAGCUCCUGCAAUCAACAUUCGGGCUUCUGUGUAAAAGGAUGCGUUUCUGGUUGGUAUGGUGAUACAUGCAAUGAAACCUGCAGCGAUACAUGUUUAUUUAGCUCCUGCAAUCAAAAUUCGGGCUUCUGUGAAAAAGGAUGUGUUUCUGGUUGGUAUGGUGAUAUAUGUAAGGAAUCAUGCAGUAGCACCUGUUAUGCCAAAUCAUGUGAUCAAUAUUCAGGCCGCUGUUACAACGGAUGUGCGUCCGCAUACUAUGGAGAUACGUGCGAAUUCAACUGCGUUGACACUUGUAAAGAACGCGUUUGCGACAGGGAAACAUCAAAGUGUUUACAGGGAUGUGUAACAGGAUAUCAAGGAGCAUUCUGUAAUAUAACAAUGGAAACUGGUAUUGAUUCUGUUGUAGUUGGCAUUACAAGCAGUCUGGCUGGGGUUAUAAUAUUACUUGUAUUCGCCUUAAUUAUCUGGUUUAUAAGAAGAGUAGGCCUUAAAGGCAAGCGUUAUGACAACCUUCAAAUGUCUACCAGGAACACACCUGCGUCAAUAUAACAGAUACAAAUAAUAAAACAGAGGAACACCGUGUUUUUGAUGCCGCCCAUCCAAGGAGAAUACACGAAUCAGGAUCCAACACGCGUAACUAUUGUGGUAACGAUUUUGCUGGUAAUUAUGCAUCAACGCUUGCAACUGUAGACAUUAAAGACACUCCGCUUGUUUGUGCGAACGCUCUCAACAAUAAAGACUACAUAAGCGAUUGCGAUGAAACUUAAAUAUCCAGUUUCAUUUCAUCUGAUGAUCCUGAGGUUCACAGAAAAGGUUCAAACCGAUCAAGAAAAUAUUAUGAAAUACCUUACGUAAUACCUGGUGUAAAUCAUGAUAUUGAAAUUGAAAGCAACAUUACCAAUGAUGGCUAUGAAAUUCCUAUAUCCAGUACCAAUACUAGUGAUCGUAAAGCCAAAGCUCCUAAAGCAGACGAUGCAAAUCUAUCCAGACAAUGUAACAGAAUGACUGACUUAGCUACAACCCUAACAAGAGAUUCAAAGAGAACACAGAACAAACAGUUGAUGUCCAGAGGAAAUAAGGAAAUAGAUGCCAAUACACAGGAGGAUUCAAUUGAAGGAGACAGUGACAGCUUAAAUUAUAUACAUCCUAUGAAUUAAAAUGAAAAUAACAUUUCCUUCCAAAAUGAGAAAAAGGAGAAAUAAGUUAAGUAGUAUCAAGACCCAUCCUUGACACAGGAUUAAUAAGGAAUAUUUCAAAGGAAACCAAUUAAUUCGUUGAAGUGUUUUAUAUCAAUACAUGCAUGAUUUUUGAUCAUUCUAAUUUUUGAAUACGUAUUACCUGGAAUAAACAGAUGUCUGACUUGGAAGACGUAAUAUGUAUUCUGAGACACAGCGCAUUUUUGGUCGUGCAUUUUUUACAGUUACGCUUUACUAUUUGAUUGAUGCAGAAGACUAUGAUGGGCGCUUCUAAAAAUCCCACUUUGGAUGAGAUUUUUUUUUUAAUAUUUGUCUUCUUGCCUGUUUCAUUGGGCCCUGAAUAUUUUAUUUCUUGUUGCUCUGCUUCUGCACAGUAUUAUUAUGCAUAUGUAAUUACACGUGCAUUUUUGUAUGUUUUGUGUCAUUUUUGACCAUUGAGGAAACAUUAUGGCAUCAAAUAGCAGCAUGGCGUCCGGUUCAUUAUUCUCUGAAGAAUGAAGUUUAGCAUACUUCUGAUCAUCAUGUUUUAAUAAGUAUGAUAGAGUGAUUCUAAAUCUUGCAUUUUUGAAUUUUUUUGUGCAAUUUAAAGUGUUCAUCGUUCAGAUAUGCUUUGACAUACCGAUACACCGUUCAGUUCUUGCGCAUCUGUACUGUGUCCCGUGAUAAAUUAGACGAUAAACAACGGGAAGGCUUUGAUUAUUUAUUAAACGAGCUAACACGUCAGUAUUACUAUGACCAAGUGUGAGAUCUCACUUUUUUAAAGUUCGUUUUAUCAUAGAUAUAAGUAAACAUUUCAUGAAAAAGUCAUUGGUCUUUUAAAGAAUAUUUUAGCAAAAAUAAUGCAGCAAUUUGGAUAUAUAUAUAAUGGAAAUGUAUGUUUUGUAAAAUCAGAAUUAACACUUCGUAUAAUACAGACGUCGCGCUCGGGAGUUUCUAUCUUCGUGGUGUUAAUAAUUGUUCAUGUUUCUUUGCAUGUAAUUUAUGUACAAAUUUGAUUUAUUAAAACUUGUUUUGUACAGAUCCGUUCUAAAUAAAAAUUCCUA